UCUGCUUCCACGCACUCGAUCGAGCUUAACUAAUUAACCAUCAGUAGCAAAUUAAGCCUCGACCAGCUAAUCAAUUAAUUGAGCUUGUGCUGUUAGCCGUGUCAUCUAUAGCUCGCUAGCUUGCCAUGGUGUCCUCUGCUAUGGCGGCGGUGGCGGUGGCGUUUGCUGUAGUGGUGGCCGCGACGAUGAGCAGCGCGCAACUUGACCCGCACUUCUACGACGGCUUGUGCCCGGCGGCGCUGCCCACCAUCAAGCGGAUCGUCGAGGAGGCCGUCGCGGCGGAGCCCCGCAUGGGCGCCUCGCUCCUGCGCCUGCACUUCCACGACUGCUUCGUCAACGGUUGCGACGGGUCCAUCCUGCUGGACGACACGCCAUUCUUCACGGGGGAGAAGAACGCGGCGCCCAACAUGAACUCCGUCCGCGGCUUCGACGUCAUCGACCGCAUCAAGGACGCCGUCAACGCCGCCUGCCGCCGCAACGUCGUCUCCUGCGCCGACAUCGUCGCCGUCGCCGCGCGCGACUCCAUCGUCACCCUGGGAGGGCCGUCGUACCACGUGCCGCUGGGCCGGAGGGACGCGCGGACGGCGAGCCAGGCGGCGGCGAACAGCAGCAUCCCGGCGCCGACGCUCAACCUCGACGGCCUCGUCUCCAGCUUCGCCGCGCAGGGCCUCUCCGUGCAGGACCUCGUCCUCCUCUCCGGCGCCCACACGCUGGGCUUCUCCCGCUGCACCAACUUCCGCGACCGCCUCUACAACGAGACGGCCACGCUCGACGCCUCCCUCGCCGCGUCGCUCGGGGGGACCUGCCCGCGUACCGCCGGCGCCGGCGACGACAACCUCGCGCCGCUCGACCCGACGCCGGCGAGGUUCGACGCCGCGUACUACGCCUCGCUGCUGCGCGCCAGGGGGCUCCUGCACUCGGACCAGCAGCUGUUCGCCGGCGGCGGCCUCGGCGCCACCGACGGGCUCGUCAGGUUCUACGCCGCCAACCCGGACGCGUUCCGGCGAGACUUCGCCGAGUCCAUGGUGAGGAUGGCCAGCCUGAGCCCGCUCGUCGGGAGCCAAGGCGAGGUCCGCGUCAACUGCAGGAAGGUGAACUACUACUAGCAAGAACGCGAGAUGGCCUAAAUUAAAUGAGUUCCGAAUGAAUUAAUAGUGCUUAAGUAUGUUAAUUAAUUACCUUCUCCUGUGGAUGAGAGUUCUUCAUUGUGGUUUAAUUAGCUCAUUUAAUUCAGUUUGUGUGAGUGAAGUGAAUAUUGUUUAAACGUUCUGGUGUUCUUUGAUUUUCAUUUCCUCUUGUAAUAGUGAUGAGUUCAAAAGUUAAAUGCACUGAGUUUUUGUACGCA